AUGCUGGCCCAUCUAUCCUCCUUCGGCGCACUCGCCGUCCUCCUCGGUUUCCCCUUCACCGCCGUCUCACACCCCCUCGAUGUCUCUCCACGCUCUCCGUCAAAGGCCAACUCAGUCGUCGUGCAGAUGUUUGAGUGGUCUUGGGACAGUGUGGCGGCAGAAUGCACCAACUUUUUGGGACCAGCAGGAUAUGGCUACGUGCAAGUCAGUCCUCCCGCCGAACACGUGGCGGGUAGUCAAUGGUGGACGGACUAUCAGCCCGUGUCGUACAUCCUCACCUCCAAACGAGGGAAUCGCGAUCAAUUUGCAAGCAUGAUAUCUACCUGCCACAGCGCUGGUGUCGGCGUCAUUGUUGACACUAUCUGGAACCACAUGUCGGGUUUGGACUCUGGCACGGGAGUCGCGGGCUCAUCAUACACCCAUUACAACUAUCCUGGAAUCUACGAUAACUCAAGCUUCCAUCAUUGCGGGCUGGAGCCUGGCGACGACAUCGUCAACUACGAUAAUCGCCUCGAAGUGCAAACAUGCGAGCUCGAAAACCUUGCGGAUCUCGCCACGGAUACCGAGCCUAUUCGUGCACGGUUGGCUCAGUACGGCAACGAUCUGUUAUCGCUUGGCGCUGAUGGCUUCCGUCUUGACGCUUCCAAGCACAUCCCUGCCACUGAUAUCGCCAACAUUCUGUCUCGCCUGAUUUCAACACCCUACAUCACCCAAGAGGUCAUCUACGGUGCCGGUGAACCCAUCACGCCGAACGAAUACACCGGAAAUGGGGACGUGCAAGAGUUCCGCUACACAACCGCCUUGAAAAACGCGUUCUUGGGCGGAAACAUAUCUAGCCUCCAGAGCUUCGACAACCUUGGCUGGGUGGGAAGUUCGAGUGCGAACGUCUUUGUGGCUAACCACGACACCGAACGGAACGGCAACUCCCUGAACAACAACUCGCCCUCAAACACAUACGUGCUCGCGAUGGUCUUCUCUCUCGCCCACCCCUUCGGCACCCCCACCAUUCUCUCCUCCUACGACGGCUUCACGAAUACCGACGCCGGCGCGCCGAACAACAACCACCGCUGGGUCGCCGUCUCCGGCAUGACUGGCUUCCGGAACAACGUGGGCAGCGCCGCGCUCACCAACUGGCAGUCACCUCAGAGCUCGCAGAUCGCCUUCGGCCGCGGCGCGCUCGGCUUCGUCGCGAUCAACAACGCGAACACAACCUGGUCCGGCACCUUCUCGACGUUGCUCCCCGACGGCUCCUACUGCGACGUCACUCCGGCGCCGCGUCGAACGGGACGGUCCGGCUCGUCCACCGGAGGGGGCAGCGGCACCGCGACCGUCACCUUCUCCGAGACAGCGACGACGACGUUCGGCGAGAACAUCUACCUCGUCGGGAGCAUCGCGCAGCUCGGGAGCUGGGCCGCGACUAACUCGAUAUCGCUGUCGUCGGCGUCGUACCCAGCGUGGACCGUGUCGCUGAGCUUGCCGGUGGGGACCUCCUUCGAGUUCAAAUUUAUCAGGAAGGAGACGAACGGCAGCGUCGUCUGGGAGUCUGACCCCAACCGCUCCUACACCGUAACCUCGGCCUCGUCGCAGACGGUCAAUGCGUCUUGGAGAUGA